GGCGGAGUGUUUGAGCUCUGAGCUCAACAUCACCGGAGCUCACUCACUCUCUGCCUCUCUGAGUGUGAGGCGGUCUCUCUUUCUCUCUUUUUCUCUAUCUCUCUCUCUCUCUCUCUCUCAGUCUGGACUCUGAGGGAUCGGAAUAUUCUCACCAAAAGUACACAGACCUCAGAGCCACGGGUAUUCACUCUCCAAAAACGACGUGGGUUUGGAUUAUUACCGUCACUGAAAUCCGCUGAAGUUUAAUUUAUAUCGCAACUAUAAUGAAUCUCACACGGAGAAAUGGAUCGCACCGUUUGUAGUUUAUUUUAAGGACACAUCCUAAAAACAGUCGGGGUCUCGUUUAUGCUUUCAUGGUGAAUCGGUCUAUCAGGAUGAACUUGCAGUGGAGCAGUCCGGCACAAUGCAUCCGCACCGGGAGAGUCGCGCACAAGCGGCUGGACUCAGACGAUCAGCCGCCAGCCAAAUGCGCCAGGCUGAGCGCCGAGGCGGGGGACACACAGGGACUCCUCGCCACCUCUCCCGGCUCCCCGGUCAGCCCAGUCUCAAGCCCUGUCCCGGCGACCCAAGGGCCAUCCAGUAUAGGACCGUUUCUGCUUCUACCUCUGGCGGACCGGGAGAGCGUGCACAGCGCGAUGAACACCAACAGUGGCGAUGAGCUGCUGUGCAAGGUCUUUGAUAUGGGGGUGUACCAGGAAAAGAUCAGAGCCUACGGCAUCCUACCAGCCCACAGAAAUGUGGCCGGCAUAAGGGAUAUCAUCCUUGGCGAAUGCAAAGCCUACGUCUUCCUGGACAAGGACUUUGGGGACAUGCACACCCUAGUGAAGAGCUGCCGCAGGCUGGAUGAGGAGCAUGCCUGCAGCCUCUUCCGUCAGGUGGCUCUGGCUGUGGCACACUGCCACCAGACUGGCAUCGUGCUGGGUGACCUUAAACUGCGAAAGUUUGUCUUCGCUGAUGAGAAAAGGACACAGGUGAGACUAGAAAGCCUCGAGGACUGUCGCGUCCUAGAAGACCCAAGCAACGACUCCAUGUCAGACACCCACGGCUGCCCCGCCUACGUCAGCCCAGAGAUCCUCAGCGGCUCCGCGCCUUACUCUGGCAAGAUGGCCGACAUGUGGAGCCUGGGGGUCAUGCUGUACACUAUGCUGGUUGGCCGCUACCCCUUCCAUGACCCGGACCCGGCCACGCUGUUUUCCAAAAUCCGCAGAGGCCAGUGCUGUUUGCCAGAGGGCUUGUCGCCCAGGGCCAAGUGUCUGCUCCAGAGCCUACUGAGGAAAGAACCCUGGGAGAGACUCACGGCGAAUGAGCUGCUCGCUCACCCGUGGUUCCACCAGCCGCCGUCGUCGCAGGAAGUGGCGCUGGGUGAACAGGAAGUGAGCUCGGCAGAACAGAUGGUGCCAUCCUUUGACGUGGAAGAGGAUGAUGAUCUGUUCUGCUGACGAACUUGAUUCAGCUGAGUCUGGCUGAGGGACCAAAACAGAGAUUGCUAUGAGGGAUCCAUUGUUGUUUGUUUUUUUAUAUUGGCACUUUUUAGAAACCCAUUUGUGUACUGUCGAGUGUACAUACACCCUCAAGCUUUCUACAAAAACUUACUGUACUGUAAUUUUGUUGUCGUAUAUGUGUUACUUGCUAAGGGCAUUGUUCACAAUGAUCAGACAUUGUGUUUUUAUAUGUAUGUUUUUGAAAGUAUGUGGUGCUAAAAGAAAUAAGGACUCAAGAUUAUUUACCAGAUCAUGUUAACAAAAUAAUCUCUAUCACGGAGAAGUAACCAAUGGCAAACAGUUGUCACCAAUGGUUGCUCUGAGCCUGGACUCACAAGGCUUCAGAAAGCAUUAGAUGAAUCCUGAACGGGAGGCGAGGAGACUUGAUGUUGUUCCUCUCUCGGACCAAGCUGGAGGCUCCGCCGGCUGACUCACCGAUCCGGCUCAAAGAAGGCCAAGCACAAGCUUAAUGUCUCGCAGCAGGCAGUGUCAUAGAGUGAGAAAGAUGCUUAGCAGAGGACUGAUUGUCACACUCAGCGGGUACGCUACAAAGGUGUCUCAUUGCCAAUGCUACAUGCUUUGCUCUCCAUUCGUCUAAGCGAAUGGAGAGCAUUUACAAAUCUCACACCAUGCACAGAAGGUUGGGAAAGGCGGGGUGUUACUGUGUAAAACUCACAGAAAAGUGUGGAGAGUUUGACACACACACACACACACACACACACACACACACACACACACAGACACACACACACAAAUAAGCAGUGGCACUGGCCUAAGUUUUUGUAAAUGGCUAACAGAGAAAGAAAGAAGAAGUCUCAGUAAUUUCCUUAUUUGUAACAGUUAAAACUAAAACAUUUAACUUUUUAAAAACAUGCUCAAACCUGAAUAUAGCAUGAAAAAAGGUUGCAAAUUUGACUAUGAUCUACAAUAUCUGUCCGGCUCUUCUGAAACGCUGUGUGUGCAAUUAGCCAAAGUUAAACCUAACACUAAUGCUUCUGGUUUAAAAUGAAAUGCUGAAAGGAACUCUGGUUUUAAAGACUUGGUCACAUGCCUUUGCAGUAACAGAGAUGGAUAAAUCUUAUGCCUAAAGGUAUGCUACAGUAGGAUUUUAGUGGAAAAAAAUAAAAAAUACACAAAGAGAAAUCAAAUGGUACUUCCUACUGACGCAAUAUGAGUUAUCACUCAAUCCAACGAUGUUUGUAAUUUUUAAGAAAUGUGUCAAAUAUCCAGUUAAGGAACCAUCAAGUCAGAAAGAAAACUUGUUACAGAAAAAUGAAGACUUUCAGUGGAACCAGUUAUGUUCAUUUCUGUUGGAACAUUUUGUCAAGCUGUGUUUCUUUGACAAAGCUGAGCUGUGUCGAGUGCUGUGCCCGUAUCACUGUGUUUCAUAAACUGAAUGGCUCUGAAUCAGUCGCAGUCAGGCGAUAUUUCAUGUUGGUUGUCUGAUGAUGACUCAUCACUUGAGCACGUCUGUAGAGAAUGGUCCUGACCUUGGCUGGUAGAAUCUGUCCUGACUGUUUCACCUCUUUAAAUGGUACUUUUUUCCCUUCCUUUUAUUUUUUUUGCCGUUAAAAGCUGUGGAUUCAUGGAGACUAGUCUUCAUAGUUAGUGACAAGAUGUACCACGUUCUAAAAUAUGUUUGAUCUUGGACUGUGACAGGCGGAUGCAGCACUAGUGUGGUUUAUCCUUACAGGCUACUGAAGAUCUGCAGCCAGCUAUUUCAUUGUGGCACAAUCAUUUUGACGAUGGUACUAAAUUUGCCAUAUCUGAGAAACGCUGUGCAUUAAAUAUUUGGGUCACGCAUUUGACUAAUAAAACCUCUAUUCCAGUUCUUGAAUUAUUUCUCUCUCAUCUGCUCGAGAUACCAGAUGGGAACAGACCUGUGACAAUCUGAAUUGUUCCACACAGAAAAGUAAUUUAAAAGUUUUAUGAUUUUACAUGUAGUGAGUCACACAUUCAAGUGACACGUAGAGUAAACUGACACGGGUGCACAAACUUCAUAUUGCACUGUGAAUUACGUAUUUGUGACACAACCUAGAAGCUAUUACUGGUCCAGACAGGUUACACAUGAGAUAUAUUCAUUGUACAAAAGAUGUAAAUAUGUAUAUUUGAAAUAUGUAUGGAGAUGUUGAAUAAAGAUCACAUUUUUUCAUAUUCA